AUGGCAGCCAAAUUGGCUGGACCUCCGACCAAUGUUGAUAAAAUAAAUGACAGUGAUAAUACGCAUAACACAGCGGAUUCCAGGUUAUGUUAUGCGGAAAAAGACAGUGUAGCCCGUGUUUCAAGAGGAGGGAAAACAGUACAAUAUUAUCGUGAAUACCGAGCACGAAAGAAAGCAGAGCGGGAAAAGGAGAAAUUGGAAAUGAUAGCUGGCAGUCAAACGAAGAAGAGGAAAAUAGCUGCGGAAUAUCACAGAGCGCGUAAAAAAAGAUUCAACGUUUGCUGUUCCAUCAAUCACUGCGGGAGCAUCUAUAACUACUGUUGAAUCAACGACGGUCAAUUCACCGAUAACUCCUGGGCC